GAUGGCCCAGCUACAGGCGUCUCCCAGGAAACCGAACUCGCCCCGCCCCCUCGUCCCUCCCUCCACUUCCGCUCCUGCGCACUGUGACUCUAACAAACGCGCAGUGUGGAGGACAUGGCUACUUCCCGCUUACCUCCAGCGACACUAACGCUGAAACAGUUCUUGAGAAGGCAGCAAGUUCUCCUUCUCUACAGAAGGAUUUUGCAAGCCAUUCGGCAAGUUCCAAACGAUUCUGAUCGCAAAUACCUGAAGGACUGGGCCAGGGAAGAAUUCAAAAGAAACAAAAGUGCCACCGAGGAGGUUACAAUCCGGAUGAUGAUUACACAAGGCAAUAUGCAGCUCAAGGAGUUAGAAAGAACACUUGCUCUAGCAAAAUCUUAACUAUAGCAUUAUCCUGAAAGAUUUUCAAAGGCUCCAUGUGUUUUUUGAGCUUAGGCUCAACGACAGGCAGCCCAAAGUCAAGUCAAACUGUGUGUACAACACUCCAGCAAAAUAUCAGAACACGUCACAGAGGGCAAAGAAAAGCCGCAUCAGAACAAUUGCCUUAGCACUGAAAAACAUAUCCUGCAUUUUGAAAAUGUUUCUGGAUUUGUCAGCAGAUUUUAUAAGAAGCAAAAACCAGUACAAGAAAUGGUCAAUUAGCACAUAAAAAAGAUACUCAUCACCAUUAUUCAUCAAGGAAAUGCAAAUCAAAACCAUAUGAGAUACUACACUUCCACCACAUGCACUAGAAUGGCUGUAAUCAAAAAGGGAAGUAACUAAUGGGAGAGAUGUGGAGAAAUUACACCCUCAUAUAUUGCUGGUGGGAACAUAAAAUAGAGCAGCUACUUUGAGAAAACAGACUGUCAGUUGUUCAAAAGGUUGAACUUGAUUCAGCAGGUUUACUCCUAGGUUUACAACCAACAGAACUAAAAACACAUGUCCUCAAAACAUUGUACACAAAUGUUCAUAGCAUUAUUUCAUAAUGGCCAAAAAUAAUCCAAAUGCCCACCAACUGAUAAAUGAGUAAAUAAAAUGUAGUUUAUCUAUACAAUAAAACAUUCAGCAAUAAAAAGGAGUAAAGUACUGAUACGUGCUACACACAAAUGAACCUUGAAAACACUAAGUAAAAGAGGCCAAUCACAAAAGAUCACGUUGUAGGAUUCUGUUUAUAGGAAAUGUGUGGGAUAGGUAGAUCAGUGGUUGCUAGGGCUUUAGAUGUAAUGGAGAGUAACUGGAUAUGGGGUUUCUUUUUUGGGGUGAUGUAAGUAUUAUAAAGUUAGGUUUUAGUUGCAUAACUCUGAAUAUACUAAAAUCCAUUAAAACGUAUAUAUGUAUUAUAUGUGAAUUAUACCUCAAUAAAGCUGUUUUUUUAAAAAUUAAAAUAUAACUGGCUUAUAACAUUGUAUAAGCUGUUUUGAAAAACAGUAUGAUAAGUAGGAUUGGGCGUAUACUGACCUCAGGAGAUAACCUGGAACUUUAUUGAAAACCCCUCCCGUAUUAUCCCUCAGAGCGGUUGAGGUAUAUUCUUCAGAUGUGUCAUGAUUUAAUAUUGAAAAAGACCACCACUGGGAAUCUACUCUUUGUUGGAGAGGAGAAACACCUUGAACACCAAAAGAAGAUGAAACGAAUGCAAUUACCUUAACAUCCAUGUUGAAGUAGCACAGUAAAUCAUUAGGGAAGAUCUUCAGUGACGUAGGUUCUCCAGUGUCAGGAAAAAAACAGAGCUUAAAGAAUACAUCAGAGAAAGCCGUGGACUUCGGAACACUUUUGAAAGAGACCAAAUGUACUAUAACAGUUAAUGUAGUCAAAGAGAGUCUGUGGCAAGAGGCUGGAACUGGCAGUCCCGCAGCCUGAAGUCCUCUGUUCAUCUGCAGAACAGAUCUAAAAAAUUAAUCCAAGAAUCUGACCAGCACCUGAAAGAUACAGAAAAGAUUACACAGAAUGACAAACGGUGGCCGAUGGUGGCCCAUGUCCAUGACCACAGCCAGGGUCCACCUCCACGUCCCACAGCCUCGGCUCUUAAGACAAAAUAUUCCUGUAUACUUUGCCACAGGGUAAUCUACUCUUUCUAAAUGCCGCAAUGAGACAAUUUUUAUAUUUUAUAAAGAUGUGCAUUAGCCAACCUACUUACUGCAAAGCCAUCUGAUGAAAAAGCCAUUUGUGAACAGUUUCUGAACAGAGAACUCGGUAAAAAUGUUCUUUGAGUAGCAUGACUGACAUACAUACUCAAGUAUAGGCUGUCUCUAGAAAACCUAAAAUCUCAAAGCUAAAAACCAUCCUUUUAAGAUGUGAGGAAGUCAGUGACUUGCUGUUCUUCCUAGCAGUGGUGUAUAUGGAAAAUAUAAGAGCAUCUGUGGUUUGAAUUUGUAAGAUGCAAAUACCAGAGACUUCACAAAAAACAAACUGUAGUUUGGUUUUUAAAAUGGGUAAGACACAAAACUUAAUUCUUACCUUAUAGAAGCUAAAAUUAUAACUGACAAGCUUUUACUUCAAUUAUUAUAACUGACAAGCUUUUACUUCAAUUUAUAAAGAACAGUUUAAUUUUAUUAGUUCACUUACAUGCUUUGAAUAUUCCCUCUGAAUAAUAGGCCAAGUCUGUUGUUUAGCCUAAGACUUAUUUAGCAAUUUCUCCUCACAUAUGAAAUGAUGGUCAUUAAGAAAGAUGUUGGCCAGAACAGAACUGCUGGUGAAAUACGUUUUUUUCACCAUCUUAAUCAGUAUUCUGAUAAAGACAAGUUACCUUCCUGGGUAUGUUCCCUGUAAACUACACUCCUGUUUGAAUGUGCAAGUCUUGUUCCUAAAGUGUAAUUUUAAGAAGUUUGAAUGUUCAUUUUAUGUAUUUGAAGAAUAAAUCUUUAAAAUUUUAAUACAAAAGCUUUCUAGCAUAGGAGAAGUGGCUAAGGCUAUUUCUUAUUUAGCAUAUUGACUGCCCUGAUGUCACUGCCCCCUUUUAAGUGUGCCGUCAGGUUGGAAAUGAUAAACUCUUGGCAAUGCUAUUGAAGGUGCCUGCAGAGACACAGAACUUGAAAGUUUGAGGACAGUAGAAUAUUUCCUGGUACGUAUCAUGCCAAAGACAGAGAGCUGAGAGGCUGAGACCCAUACUUACCUAAUUCUCUUUGAUGAAGGAAGGAAAAUGCUUGUAAAGAAAAAAAAAAAAAAUAGCAAAAGGAAGCUGCUCACAUCAACUUUGAAAACAAAAUUAGGGUUAUGAAGAACAAGAUCCAAAGAGAAUAAAAAGCAAAUUGUCACUCAGUGCCAAACUAGAAAUUACCCUGAGCUACUUCCUUCCUUGAGUCAGGCAGCUGAGAAAUUAUACUAGAAUUAAGUUAAUUGUUUACUGAGAAGAGUGAAUCUCUUUACCCAUUUUGUAUUAAAAAAGUGCUUUGCUGUACUGUAUCUUGCUUCUGUGUAAUUAAUUUAAAUUAAUAUAUUCACAUUUAUAAUAAUAUUUGACUUACUAUGUAGAAAAAGCAUAUUUCCCUUUAAAGUUACAACAAAAUACAUUUUAAUGCUUUUUCUUAUUCAUAAGACAUAUUCUAAAAAGUUCAUUAGCUUUUUAAAACUGACUUGUCUUUUAAGUCUUAAUUGAUUGGCUUUUAUAUUACAAGAUUAAUUAUAUUUAGCUUUUAGGUACAAUUUGUUAGUUAAAAAAAAUGUUAUCUUUGUCUGCAUAAAAUGACAAGUAAUGUUAUCCUUCUUUGUUCAGUAUUUUCCAAAAGGUCAACAGUUUAAAUAAAACAUUUGUUUAAGCU